UUCGCCCUUUUCGUUCGCUUUCUCAAAUUUAUGUGGGCGUUGGAAAGUGAAAAUUAUCUCAUAAACCCCUCGCCCUUCCCCGAAACGGUCAUCAGCUCUAAACAGCACCAUCACGGGCACCGGCACCACCAUAACCAACGAGUAAAACCCUAAAGAAUAAAGUAUCUCUUCUUAAGUGUAUCGUUAUCUUCUUUAGAAUUUCCCAAAAUGAAUAUCCCAAUAGCAUCAAAACCCAAUACAACCGCUACCAUCAACAGCGACGCCAAUCCAUCCGCUGGACAAUGCGGCAACUGCGACACCAAAGACAGCUGGCCCCUCCACCACGUCCGCCUCCGAGGCAUCUAUCGCCGUCUCUGUACCUCCUGCGUCCUUCGCCUCCAUCCUUCCUCUUUCUGCCCUUCCUGCUUCACACUUUAUGACUCUUCCCCUCCUCCUCCCUCCAAGCGCCUCUCCUGCUCCAAUUGCUCCUCCUUCACCCACUCACACUGCGCCCCCUCUCACCCUCCUUCACCUUUCCCCUUCCUCUGCCCGCCUUGCGCUGACCCCAAUUUCUCUUUCUUCCACCUCGAUAAAACUGAUAAUCGAACCAUUGAUAAGAAAAUGGCCACGGUCCUUCUUUGCGCAGCGAAGAUUGCGGCUUCCUCCAUGGCCAAGGCGGUGAUCGUGGCGAGGACGGAGGCCGAAAGGCGGGUAAGGGAGGCGGCUGUUUGUAGAAAGAGAGCUAGAGAGGCGUUGGAGCACGUGGCGUUGGUGGCGAAGAGAAAGGAGGUGGAGUCCGUGGAGGUUUCUGGAUCUGGGAAUUUGGGGAAACGGGAAAGAGGGAGCGUCGAUGUAACCAUCAUCGGGUCACCCAAGAAUGUGGAGCGCAUUGCUUCGGCUGGAUUUGCAAAGAGCAAUGGAAAUGCCAACAACAAUUCAGGUCAUCUGGAAAAGGGUCUUGAUAAUGGAAGUAAUGCAGAGAAGAAGCAGAGCUUGACCAAUAAUCCUGGUAAUGUUAGCGUUAAAGAAGAGGGUGUCAAUUCGCUUGUUCGUAAUAACUCCUGAGAAUUCUUCACUGCUCCGGCCAACAGCCAAAAGCUAAUAUCCUAGAUUCAUAGGUUGCUAAAUUACUGGAAUUCUCUCUGAUACAAGGAAAUCUUCUGCGACAUGUUUUUGCCAAAAGAAGUUCUAAUUUUUCUCUCAGCGCAUUGCAUUGUUUCUACACAUAUAUAAAGCUUGUUGUUAUGUACAAUUGAUUAGGGUACAUGUUCAUAUAUGUUGAUUAGACUCUGGCUGGCCAAGUUUAAUUCUUUACUACCAUCCUUUGUACUAUUUUACCUGGUGUGCAUUCACAUUCAGUGGUAGUAAAACUUCUUAUUGCAAUA